AUGAAUCUGAAGAGUGUCAAAGGUGUUUCAUUCUUAGUAAAACUCUCAAAUCUGAUGAAGCCACAGUAUUUCCAAGGACAGACAGCUAUGCUGGGAUUAAGAGAGAGGUAGAGAAUAAGGAGGAGGAUAAAAAGGAAGAGAAUUAGAGUGAGGAAACACAAAGCAAAGACUAAAUAGAGGAUUCACAUUAUAUGGCCCAAAAGAGGAGCCAUGUGGCGUGUAAGUUGUAAACUAAAUCCUAUACUACUUUCGGACGGGGUCUCUGCUCGGGGAGCCGUGAAGAAAGGACUGACUGGAGGAGUGAAAGGGAAAAGGAGGAUGUUCUCUUUUUCUCUUCGAUGUCGGAUGGGAGUGAUCCGAGGACGGGUUAAAGAUGAUGUCCCGUACACAAAGGGAAACAAAGACUCUGCUGCGAGUGACAGCAGCAGUCUCACCAAGAGGUGCAGCCUUGCUGAUGAGCAGAGAGGUGUAACCACAGUUGAACUGAUAAAAAAAGAGGGAAGCAGUCUUGGUCUAACCAUCUCUGGAGGCUGUGACAAGGAAGGCAAGCCAAGAGUGUCAAAUCUGAGACCAGGAGGGCUCGCAACCCGGAGUGAUCAGCUCAAUGUGGGAGAUUACAUCAAGUCAGUGAAUGGUAUAAACCUGUCCAAACUCAGACACGACGAGAUUAUCAGCAUGCUUAAGAACAUCGGCGAGCGUGUGGUGCUGGAGGUGGAGUACGAGCUGCCUCCGUUCGUUCCCAGCAAUCCCUGCAGUGUCAUCUCUAAAACGAUCGAAGUGUGUUUGGAGAAAGAGGGCAACAGCUUUGGCUUCGUUCUGAGAGGGGGCUUCCAAGAGGACUGGCAUAAGGCUCGACCUCUGGUGGUGACCUACGUCAGGCCCGGAGGACCUGCAGACAGGGAGGGAACCCUGCAAGCGGGCGAUCGUGUGUUGAGUGUAAAUGGCGUUGCUCUGAACAGACAGAAACAUGCUGACGCUCUGACCCUGAUCAUGCAGAGCAGCCAGGAGGCUUUCUUUCACAUCGAGUAUGACAUCAUGGUCAUGGACUCAGUCCAGAAGUCCUCAGGGCCGCUGCAGGUGGAGAUUGUCCGCUCCGCAGGCUCAGUACUGGGUCUCAGUCUCACUACCACUCUCUACAGGAACAAACAGGUCAUUACAAUCCAGAAAAUCAAACCUGCUAGUGUUGCAGACAGGUGUGGUGCUUUGCAUGUUGGGGAUAUUCUCUUGGCUAUAGAUGGCAUGAGCACAGAGCACUGCUCUCUGAUGGAGGCGCAACAGCUUCUGUCAAACUCUGCAGAACUCACAAAACUAGAGAUCCUGCCCUCUCAACACAGCAUUCAUGACACAGUGCGUGUUCAGAGGAGCAGUCAGCGUCAGUGGGACUCUAGUGAGAAGUACACCAGCGCUCCUCCAUCGUUCCAAAAAACACCUUCGGCCUGGAGUCACACCACUCCUACACCAUCACACUGCAGAUCUGUGACAUCUGGCUUUUCCACAAACACGUCAGGCUUUCACAGUUACAACUGUGGGACUCCGUCAUCUUACCCUAAUACUUACCCCAGCAGCACCCUGCCCUCGUUCCCCUCCAGCCCCCGCUGCACCAUCACCAAAAGGAGACAAUUGAGGAAAGACCACAAGAGCUCCUUGUCUCUGGCAUCAAGUACAGUGGGUGCUGGUGGUCAGGUCGUGCAUAUAGAGACCAGUGAGGUGGUUCUGAGAGGAGAUCCUCUUACUGGGUUUGGGUUUCAGCUACAGGGAGGAGUGUUUGCUACAGAGCCACUGACUGCACCUGCCUGCAUCCGCUUUAUAGAGCCAGACACACCUGCGGAAAGGUGUGGGCUGUUACAAGUUGGCGACAGACUUCUUUCCAUUAAUGGAAUUCCCACUGAGGAUGGAACACUGGAAGAGGCCAAUCAGCUGCUUCGAGAUGCAGCGUUGGCCAAUAAGGUCACACUGGAGGUGGAGUUUGAUGUUGCAGAGUCGGUUAUUCCCAGCAGUGGCACAUAUCAGGUGAAGCUACCCAAAAGAUGUGGAGUGGAGCUGGGCAUUACUAUCAGUGCAAGCAAGAAGCCAGGAAAACCUCUGAUCAUCUCAGAGAUACAGAGAGGGAGUAUUGCACACAGAAUAGGAACCCUGGAGCCAGGUGAUCGAUUAUUGGCCAUCGAUAAUGUACGACUGGAUAAUUGUGGAAUGGAAGAAGCCAUGAUGGUUCUCCAGCAGGCUGAGGGCAUGGUCAAACUGCGCAUUCAGAAAGAUGAAGAUAACUUGGAUGAAUUGGAGUCGUCCGGUUCUGUUAUUUUCACAGUCGAGCUCAAGAGACAUGGGGGUCCUCUUGGAAUCACCAUUUCUGGCACUGAAGAACCUUUCAACCCCAUUCUGAUCUCCAGUCUGACCCGCAACGGUCUCGCACACAGGACUGGCGCUCUUCAUAUCGGUGAUCGUGUCUUGGCCAUCAAUAGCAUGAGCUUGAAGGGAAAACCUCUUAGCGAAGCCAUUUACCUCCUGCAGACAGCUGGAGACACUGUCACACUCAAGAUCAAAAAACGGUCUGAUCCGCUUUUGGAGUCGGACAGGAGCAGCCCGUCCCGGACGGCCUCAUGCGUGAGUGACACGGAAGACGAUUGCUCAGAUUCUCUCAGGCAUGGUAAAUACUCAGAAUUUCACCGCCUGACCACACCUCCCAGUCUGGAUUCAGCUAUGGACUCGUGGGAUGGCUCUGCCCUGGACGCUGGCUAUGGAAGUCAAGGUGUCUAUAUCCAUAGGACGUCUGAUUUUACACUUCAACCUAAUGACUGGAGGCGGGCCAAUCACAGGAGCCCACUGACCUCCAGAAGACAUGCCCAACAAACACCAGUGUAUGAUGGAGGAUGUGGUGAGGACGACUGGAUGUAUUCUGGAUCUGUCAGUCCUGCAUGUUGUCAUGACAAAAACAAUACCGAAGCUCAGGAGAACUACUGGUCGCAAGCUCUUCAGGACCUGGAGACCUGUGGCCAAUCAGAAAUUUUCAGAGAACUGGAGGCUACUAUAAUGUCAGGUAGCACACUGAGCUUGGGAGAAGAGAGUGAGGAGCACAAUAAAAGCAGGACCAAAGCUCUAGCACUGAGCCCGGAAAGAACCUCAGAGAACACAGUCGAGCCAGAGGAGAUGAAGGACAUCAGCCCUUCUCUGCCAUUAGAGCUUCAUAAGAUUUGUUUACGGAAGGAUGCUGACAGCAGGGAUUUUGGGUUCAGCGUGUCCGAUGGGCUGCUGGAAAAGGGUGUUUACGUAAACAUGAUCCGCCCUGAUGGGCCUGCAGACCAAGCUGGGUUACGCUCAUAUGACCGUAUUCUACAGGUCAAUCAUGCACGGACGCGAGAUUUUGACUCUUGUUUGGCCGUGCCGUUGAUCACGGAAGCUGGAGAGCAUCUGCAGCUGGUCAUCAGCAGAAACCCUCUCACUCAAGCACAUGUUUGGCCACCUAAAGAUUGUCAGGAUGCUUCUAAAAUGCUGCCCGUUGUUUCUGCACAAUCUAACCAGAGUCAAUCUCUGACCUGACAUCAACAAUAACAGCACAGUUUUUCCACAGAAAUGGUUCUCUCUCUUACGUGUCAUUUAUACGGCGUCAAACUAGAACACAUUAACACUGUUGUUUUUAUAUUUUCAGCUAAGUUUUGUUUUUGUCACAAUUUAAGACACACAUCUGCUUAAGUUAUAACUUGUUUUAAAAUUAUUGUUAGUUUUUAUCACAAUUUGACACUUUUGUUUUUUUUUUACUUUUAAUUUAACUUGCACAAAAUUUGUCACAUGACCCAAACAAACAUUCACAAGUCACAUCAUCAUUAACACUCACAGACUUGCACAGCAAUUGUUUGUAUUCACACAAAAUAUCUAUUAUAAUGCCACAUUUUUCUAUUAUAAAUUACAUACACCUAUUUAGUUUCUACUGUCAACGGGAAUGCUUUGGUGAACACACAGAUCUGCGGGUACUUAUGAAACAAAAAGAAACGCCAAGUCACAUGUUCAGCUUCAGCUGUUUUAAAACCAUGAUAGUGUGGCAAUCGAUUUUAACACUGGGUAUCUCCAGGGUAUGCGCCCCCCCUGUCUCCCAAGUAUGUUGACAUGUAAAAAUCUGAGGUGCAUGUGAAGUGGUUUGGUGAUAUUCAGUGUCAUUAGUGUACCAUGAGACAUUUUACCUUUUUGUGGCUUUACGUCAUACCAGGGAUAAAUUCUGAUUUUAAAUGAUCUAAAAGUUCUUGAACGGAGCUUGUUUUAAGUGUAACUUCUAAAAGCACAUCCUUCUCUGUUUGUCAUUGUACCCACAGUCCUCCUAUUCUGUGUAUAAACCCCUUUUCCUGUAUGUAGGAUGUUAAUUACCGAGAAUGCCAUAAAUAAGAUGUAUAUUCAAAUGAAUAUUCUUGGAUUUGAAAUUAUUUCCUUUUUAAAGAAAAUAAAGGAUUAAAACCCGACUGUCUGUGGUAAGAAUAUAACAACCAUUUCCAGAAGACAGGUCUGUGUCGUGAUCUUUCUCUGUCUUUCUGUUGCAUGCGCAUGUGUCAGGAUUGCGUUCAAUGCUUUUGGAUACCGUUGACCGUGUUGGCACAGCGUGGCGACGAGCUGUCCUACGCCUCACCGCUCUGUCAGAGAUCCAAAGCUGGUUGACAUGACUGCUUAUUUUAGUCCAAGGGUGGAUUCUGAUUCAAUGAAAUGUGACUCCUAAUGCAAGAACUGUGAAUGUAAUAUUAAAGGGUGUAGUGCUGAUUGGAACAUGGGGUGACCGAGACUAAUUCUGAAGUCAAACAAGGACAUC